ACCAGCAUGGACUCUGAUAGAUCCUUGUCUGGUACGCCGGGUACACCUGGAAGCAAUAUGAGCACAUCUAGCUCUUUGGCUCCUGGUAAUCGUAUUAUGUCUGUUAAAUCCUCUAUUGAUGGUAUUGGUUGGGACCCAGAGCGACGUGAAAGGCUCGAAGAAUAUGUAGUGACAGUCCACAACAUCACUACACACGCAUACUCACUCUCAAAGUACAUUUUUUUGCGUGCCAUUCAAGAAGAUGAGAACUUUGAUAUCAGGCAAUGUAUCAAUUGUGAUUUUUUUGCAGAGGUGUGGCUCAAACUGACUCGCAUUUAUUACGAUUCCAAAGCAAGACCAGUUGAACAUAUGCGGGCUUUUUACGAACUGGCUUUAUCAUUUAUUGAUAUAGAAUUACCUGUGUUUAAUUGCUUCCCAUUACGCCGCUCUUGGAUUCCUUGCUACACAACCAUCGAUUCAAAAAUUCUUUGUCAAAAUAUUCUUGGUCGUCGGUGGACUAAUCGUCAAGAUAAGAUAGCACUUUGGCGUGAAUUAAUUAACCUAAACUCGGAUGCACUCAAACACCAAGAAAAUGGCGAGCUCCAGUUUAAAGGAACUAUUCAAACGGAUGGAGUAGGUGUAACUUACAUUUCACAAGAGAUUGCUCAAGAAACUGUUGGAAGAUGUGUUACAAUUGAUCCUGGGCGAAGAGAUUUGCUAUUCUGUGUGCAUGAAAACUCAACCGCAAACAAUCCAAACAAGUUUCGAUUUACCAAACAAUACCAAGACAAGUUUGAAAAAAUUAACAAAUACCGUAGAAUCCGUGAAGCUGUGAAACCCGCUAGAGUAGCAGCCGCUGAAAGGCUUUUGGUUAAUUAUGAUUCCUUGAAUAGAGAUGAAUUUGAACAGUAUCUUGAAAACAGGUCCAAUAUGACAGGCAUCAUCCAAAUCCACUAUGUCAACUUCCGAACCAACCAUCGUACUGCUCAUUCCUUGCACAGAAAAUUGCGGCUAUCUGCCUAUAUUAGAAGACAGCAAGAAAACGAGGAUCUUAUUUCAAAAAUAUAUGAACAGUUUGGUGUCGAAGCUGUUUAUGUUAUGGCCAUGACUAAUAACACAAAUAGGAUUGUUCCUCGUCUAUGGAAUUGUGUUAUGGCUGCUUGCUUGAGCAUGGUUGAUAUUGUUCGAUCACUUCGUGCUGGAAAUGGUAUUCCCCCAAUAUUUAGACGUGGAGAGGUUCCCCAGAACCAACGGAGAAGAGCAAGAACCCAAAAUGAACAAGCAAACAUUAGAAAUGUUCGUCAAUGUCGCAACUAAAAUUUUCCAGGCCUGUUAUCGCAGGUCAACCAUAGAUACACUUAAGUGGUAAGCUCAAUUUUUUUUU